UUGCUUAAAUUUAAGCUCGGGUGGCUGCAACUUGAUCUUUGCGGCUGCCACCAGAGGAAGAUCGAGUCCGCCGGUUACAUAUUUUUCUAAACACGUUUAUUAUUGGCAUAACCAGUCUAGAGAAACCCUUUAUGCGUUUUGCUUAUCAAAACGUCAGUGUGAAGAUUGUGUCCUCUCAAAAAGGUCUUAGUUUGGUUUUGGGACACAUCAACACCCUCCUGGACGCUCUGAUCCGUCUGACAGCCGUCUGAGACUUUUAUGGGCUGCCACAGCUACGUCAGGGACUGCGCUUCACCGUGAAGAUGGCGGAGGCUGGGGAUACGCCACAAGUCCGGUUUUUCUGUCACUGCUGUAAAUGUGAAACAAACCCCAAACUCCCGGAUUUCGUAUGCCCCAGAUGUGACUCUGGCUUCAUUGAGGAAGUAACAGAAGACUCCAGUCUCCUGCAGACCAGCAGAGCAUCUGUUCCCAGUGAAGAUUCAAACUCACUGCUCUCAGAAUUAUGGCAGCUGCUGUUUAUGGAGCGCUCUGCUCUGCUGUCGCAUCCGCCCUCCUCCGAGUCCGACCCUGAUGACGGUGAGCAGGGAUCUGCUGGUCAGAGCCGUCUUCUUCCAGCAUCACCGGGCCCUGCUGAGGCCACAGAACCAGAGUCUCCUUCCAACCCGGAGCAAGAGACACCGUCUAGGACCUUCGAACAAAGGCCUGCAGUUGAAGGGAUGGUGCAGCAGUUCUUGGCUGGCCUGUUUGCCAACAACGGAAACCCCGGCGCUGCACCAGCUGCACUAACCAGCAUGCUUCAGUUGUACUCAAACCCUGGAGAUUAUGCGUGGGGUCAGAGCGGUCUUGACUCUGUCAUCACGGAGUUAUUAGGACAGUUGGAGAACACAGGUCCACCCCCUGCAGAAAAGGAGAUGAUCUCAUCCCUGCCAACCGUUUGCAUCUCUCAAGAACAGACAGAUUGCAGACUGGAGUGUCCGGUUUGCAGGGAAGAGUAUUCAUUAGGGGAAACUGUAAGGAAGCUUCCCUGCCUUCAUUACUUCCACAGUGAAUGUAUAGUGCCGUGGCUGGAGCUGCACGACACUUGCCCCGUGUGCCGCAAAAGCCUCGAUGGUGUCGACAACAGCCUCCCGCCCACAUCGGAACCCGCAGAAGCCCGCUCCCUCAGGACAGAGCAACAGGAGAGGCAGGCGAUCUGAGAAACGGGACGACAACUCUACUUCAUUUUACUGUUUUCAGGAGUCACACCUCCCACGUCGGAAAUUUUGCUCCCCACAUCAGCUGCUUUUAAAUAAAACAGAUGUGUCAGAGUCAUAAUUUGCAGCUUUAACUCUCACUUGGUUCACGCAUCUCUGCUUAAGGAACUUCUACUCCAGCAUAGUUACCAUUUUAUGCUACAUCUGAGAGUUUGCUGACAAAAUUCAGAGGUGAUGUGUCCUCCUUGUUGUGCUGCACUCUUAGGUGGUUUUCCAAUUGACUGAUUUUGAUGUCAUGAACUAAUCCUCACUGGGCUAUCUGUGGUUGUCAAAGAGGAACUCACAGAAUUAUGCAUUAUUCUCUUGGUAAGAGAGUUUCUUAAUGCAGUAUAUUGUUGACCUUUUACCUGUGUACAGCCGUUAUUAAAGCCCAAC